CUGGUUUUGGCUGAUUAAUUGCCCCAUUUAUCAUUACGCCAAAAAAAAUAAAUAAUUCUCACGAUUUAUUUACAAAUUUUUUUUUUACAUAAAGUUUGAUUCUUUUCCAGUUUAUAUCUAUUUUCUUUUUGCGGGAAGUUUUUGAUUUUUUUCCAACUCUGUCAAAAUAGAAAUUAUAUGAAUGAUUUAAUUAACAAUAUAGUAAUUUCUUAAAUUGGUACAAUUUUUAUUUGAAUUUAUAAUUGUCCCUUUCAAAUUUAUCAAAAAAAAAAAUGUCUCAAGAACAAAAAGUACAAACAGGGCCAAAUGAAGCAUCAGUUGGCCUAUCGGGUUCAGCUCCAGCAAAAGAUGAAGAAACUAAAAAUAAAUCCCAUUUAGCUAUCGAUUCCGCGGCGGAAAUUCCUGAUUGGGAAAAAAUUGGAUGGAAAAGGGUUUCUGAAUUUGGAGAACCUAGAACCGAUAAAAAAUUUCAAUAUGAAGAAAUUUUAAAAGAAUUAUAUUAUAACGAUUUAUGGACAUAUUCUGGAGUUGUUUUUAUUUCUUUGUUUGCUACUUGGUUUAUUGUAUUAUGUGGCGGAAGUAUUGGUUGGGUCUUUGUCUUAUGUGCAUUCAUUACUACAUAUUUGAAAAAUUCUGUGAAUAGAUUUUAUAGAAAUGCUAAAAGUGAUAUUAGCAGGAAAAUUGCAAGAGAGAAAUUAGAAGUAGAUGAAGAAAAAGUUGAAUGGUUAAAUGAAUUUUUACGAAGAUUUUGGUUAAUUUAUGAACCCGAAUUAUCAAAGUCAAUUAUUCAAAUAGCUGAUACUGUUUUAUCCGCAUCUACACCAGGUUUCUUAGAUUCUCUAAAAUUAACCAAUUUUACUUUGGGUACAAAGCCCCCUGUAAUUGAAUCUAUUAGAUCUUAUCCAAAAGAAAAUGAUAAUGAAGUGGUUAUGGAUUGGAGAGUUAGUUUUGAACCAAAUGAUUUAGCAGAAAUGACAAAAGCACAAUUAGUAAAAAAGGUUAAUCCUAAAGUAAUUUUAACUGUAAGAGUAGGAAGAGGAUUUGUAGGGGCGGGAAUACCAAUUUUAUUAGAAAACAUGUCAUUUACAGGAUUAUUAAGAGUCAAAUUGAAAUUAAUUCCAAACUUUCCACAUGUCGAAACUAUUGAAUUUGGUUUUCUCGAAAAACCAAAUAUUGAUUAUGUGUUGAAACCUAUUGGUGGUGAAACUCUUGGAUUUGAUAUCGGAAUUGUCCCUGGAUUAUCAUCAUUUAUUAAAGAUCAGGUUCAUGCAACACUUCAACCAAUGAUGUACCCUCCAAAUACAUAUCAAUUAAAAACGGAACACUUAUUAUAUGGAUUCCCUGUAGAAUCAUCAAUCGGAGUAUUAAAAUUAACAAUUAAAAACGCUAAAUCUUUAAGAAAUGCCGAAACAUUCGGUACAUCAGAUCCAUAUUGUAAAGUAGUAUUAAUAUCAUCCGAUGUCACAGAAGCUGGAAAAGAAUUAACACGUACAAAACAUAUAAGUAAUUCUUUAAAUCCAGUCUGGGACGAGACUCAUUAUUUAUUAUUUCAUAACUUAAGAGAUAGUUUUAAAUUCCAAAUUUAUGAUUCUAACGGUAGUCUUAAUUCCGAUACUUUACUUGGCGAUACCACUGUUCCUCUGAAAAAUUUUGAGGAAACCCCUAAUCAAUCCAAUAAAACAAUUCCGGUUUAUCAUAAUGGAAAACAAAAAGGAGAAUUAAAUUAUGAUGCAGUUUGGUACCCAAUCGUUAAAACUGAAAAAGACAAACCUGUUCCUGAAUCAAAUAUCGGAAUUUUGAAAUUUAAUCUUCAUCAGGCUAAAGAUCUUGAUCCAAAAUAUUCAAUGGUUGGAGUAUACAAUCCAUAUGUUGAUUUAAAAUAUAACGGAAAAAAUAUGUUUACAUCAAAAACAUUUAGGAGAAGCAACAAUCCGACUUGGGAGGAAUUCUUUGAAAUAUUUAUAACGGACAGAAAGAAAGCAAGUUUAGAAUUGAAUAUUAGAGAUGAGAGAGGUUUUGCUGAAGAUCCUAUAGUUUGUAGUUGGAGUAUGAAUGUUGAAGAUUUUGUAAGACUAAAUGGGGAAUCAGGAAUUGAUUGGUUUGAUGUUUAUGGUGCUCGUAGUGGUAAAGUUAGAUUAAGUUGUCAAUGGAAACCUGUUAUACUUGAUCAUACUCCUGAAAAUAGUGCCGAACCACCCGCAGCUGAACCAUUCGGUAUUGUUAAACUUCACAUCAAGAAAGCAACAGAUAUCAAGAAUGUGGCGCAGUUAAGAGGCAAAUCGGAUCCAUAUAUAAGAAUAAUGUUAAACUCCAUCUAUAGAGGUCGUACAAAUGUGCGAAAUGAUAAUUUAAACCCGACAUGGGAUGAACAUUUUUAUAUUCCCGUACAUGCUCUUGAAGAAAAAUUAUUAUUAUAUUGUUAUGAUUAUGAAAAUUAUGGUAAAGAUAGAUAUCUAGGAUUUACCGAGUUAGAUGUAAAAGAUUUAAUUAAAAAAUCUGAUGAUGGAACAAUUUUAUCUGCUGAAACAAUUAAUACUGCUGCGCCAUUAAAAGAUACCAAAGGGUCAUUAUUUUAUUCCGCAAGUUUUCAUCCUGUAUUAAUUAAUAAAGGAGAAAUCAAGGAGGAAGAAAUCAAAGAAAAAAAUAUCAACGUGUUGGAACACCAAUCCGGAAUAUUGGUUAUAAAUAUUAAUCAAGCAAAAUUCAAGAAAAAAAACACAUGUGUUGAAGUUUUCGUAGACAAUGAUCCUUUCCCAGCCUACAAUACACAAGUUUCCGACUUAUCCGAACCACAUUGGGAAGAAGUCACAGACGUAUUCAUUAAAGAAUUAAAUUCUUCUAAAAUAAUACUUGAUAUAAAACAAUCAAGUUCAAAAUCUAUAGGAAAGGUUGAACUUAAUGUAAAAAAAUCAUUAGAAAAAUGCUUAGAAAAUAAUGGAAAUAUUUGGUUACCAGUUGAAGGCAUGGACAAUUGUACUAUUAACAUUGGACUAAAUUACAUUCCUGUUAAAUAUAAUCCUGAAUCGCAUGAAUCGCAUGAAUCGUAUGAAUCACAUGAAUCACAUGAAUCACAUGUAUCGCAUGAAUCGCAUGAAUCACAUGAAUCACAUGAAUCACGCGAAAAUAUUAACGAUACGGAACAUCCGCACUCAGAAACUUUGAAUAAAAAAGGACAUGCAGCAAGUGCAAUCACAGAUGGUGUUGGUGCAAUCACAGAUGGUGUUAGUGCAAUCACAGAUGGUGUUAGUAAAGUUGGAUCUCGCCUUUUCUUAUUAAAAAAGAAAGAUAAAGAUGAACAUAAAAAAAGUGUGGAGGAAAAAAUAGCUGAAAAAGUUAUUCCCGAUAAAUCUAACGAUAAUGAAUUUGUUCCUAAAAAAUCAAAAGAGACAAAACCAAUUAAUGAUAAACAAGAGGAGGGUAAAGAAGAGCCUAUACCCCCAAACCAACAAGAAAAACCUUCAGCAAAUCAUGUUGAAAUGAAUCAAAAAGAAAAUCAGAAGUUGGAAAAAACUAAUGGAAUUAAACCAUAUAACGUUGAUAAACCUAAACAGGAAGAGGAAAACAAUGAAUCAGCGACAAGACAUAUUGAAUUUAAAGAAGAACCAAAACGUGAGAGAAAGCCAGACGAAGGUUCUAGAUCAAGUGAAGAAAAUGGUAAUAAUAAUCACUCAAGUAGAAUUUCUACAUAUGACUCAAAUCGAUUGUCUACGUAUGGUUCAAAUCGAUUUUCUACUUAUAGCAUAAAUCAAUCUGGAGAAAUUGUUGGUGAACCUGGGACUUUAACAAUAACAGUAGUUGAAGCAAAGAAUCUAAUUGCUGCUAGUGAUGGAGGCAAAACAAGUAAUUCAUACGUAAAGAUAAAAGCUAAUGGUAAAAAAGAAGUUUUUAAAACCUCAGUUAUAAAAAAAUCCACCUCUCCAAAAUGGAACGAACGGGUAACAUUAACAAUAACGGGUUCUCCGAUAUCUUACUUAUUUUGUGUUCGAGAUCGUAAUUUGUUAUCAAAAGAUGUAGAGUUAGGAGAGUAUGAAUUACGUUUAUGGGAUCAUAUUAAGGUUGACGAAUACAUUAAAGAUUUGUCAGUACCAUUAUCAAAAGGAACAAAUUCUCAAUUGCAUAUUAAAUUAGAUUUUGUUCCGUCUGCACCAAAUAGUAGUGCUGAACAAGUGAAUUUAACUAAUGAUAGUAAUGGAAUAACGCCUAAAAGAACUUCUGGUGAUAAUGUUAGAGAAAUUAAUGAUAAUGGUUUAACUAAAUUUAGCAUUAGAAGAAAGAAGUAAUUUCGAAUAUUUCAAUAGACAAUUGUAAACAUUUUCAUAUUAUAAUUUGUAUAAUUUGUAUUUGUAAUUCUAUUUUAUUAUUUAUAAACUUUUCAAAUUUUAAAAAGUAA